GCCCGCGCCCGGCCCCGGCGCUCCGGCCCUCCCGCCCGCGCUUCAUGGCUGCGCCCGAAUGGGACUGGUUCCAGCGCGAGGAGCUCAUCGGACAGAUCAGCGACAUCCGCGUCCAGAACCUGCAAGUUGAGAGGGAGAAUGUGCAGAAGCGGACUUUUACUCGAUGGGUGAAUCUGCACCUGGAGAAGUGCAACCCACCUCUCGAAGUUAAAGAUUUAUUCGUUGAUAUACAAGAUGGCAAAAUCCUAAUGGCUUUGUUAGAAGUCCUGUCUGGGCGAAAUCUGCUGCACGAGUACAAAUCCUCAUCCCAUCGUAUUUUUCGGCUGAACAACAUAGCGAAAGCACUCAAGUUUUUGGAAGAUAGCAAUGUAAAACUCGUUAGCAUCGACGCGGCAGAGAUAGCAGAUGGCAACCCCUCUUUGGUUCUCGGGCUCAUUUGGAACAUAAUCCUCUUCUUCCAGAUUAAGGAGCUCACGGGCAACCUCAGCAGAAACUCUCCAUCUUCCAGCCUGUCACCCGGCUCCGGGGGCACAGACUCAGACUCUUCCUUCCCACCCACGCCCACUGCAGAGAGGAGCACGGCAAUAGCGGUGAAGGACCAGAGGAAAGCCAUCAGGACACUGCUGGCAUGGGUGCAGAGGAAAACCAGGAAGUACGGCGUGGCGGUGCAGGACUUUGCAGGCAGCUGGAGGAGUGGGCUGGCUUUCCUGGCUGUGAUCAAGGCCAUCGACCCCAGCCUGGUUGACAUGAAGCAGGCGCUGGAAGAUUCCAUGCGGGAAAAUCUGGAGAAGGCUUUCAGCAUCGCUCAGGAGGCCCUUCACAUUCCCAGGCUCCUGGAGCCUGAAGACAUCAUGGUUGACACGCCGGACGAACAGUCCAUCGUGACUUACGUGGCUCAGUUUCUAGAACAUUUCCCGGAGUUGGAAGCGGAGGACUUUAUGGAUUCAGACAGAGAAGCCCCUAUUGAAUCCACUUUCGUUCGCAUCAGAGAAACCCCUUCUGAGCAGGAGAGCGCCCUCCUCCUUCUGACUGAGAAUGAGGAGCGAGCCUAUACCGUCAACCACGAAGCCAGCCACCCGCCACCCUCCAAAGUCUUCGUCUGCGACAAGCCUGAGGACGUGGUGGAACGCUGCCUGGGCAGCGUUUCCAGCCAGGAGCCGCCAGACAGCUCCUCUGAGUCCAUGCACCCGAUCAUUGAGCAGGUUCUCCAAGGGGUCCCUCGGAAGAUCAGCACCCCCAGUGAGCCAGCUCCGGAAUCUUCCAUCUUGUCAUCCAGAAAGGACACCCGGAGAGCCAACUCCCUGCCGGGCAAGAAAACGGUGCACUUUGAUGCCGACACCUACAGAGACGCCUCCUGCAGUCAGGACCCCUUCUACAGCCAAGACCCUCACUUCGAAGGGAGCCCGAGAGGUUCAAAGGAGGGGUCCAAGCAGGACGGCCACGUCUCGGCAGGUGAGGUGGCGGGGGAAAGCCCGAAACAGGAAGCGCCGAGGGUCCCGGCAGCAGCCCCGGACGAGGCCCCGGGCGAGGCGUCUUUGGUGGAUGGUAAGAUCGAGCAUCCUCCGCCUUUCCAGCCCUCCCCCUCCUGGAACGGGGCUUCGGAGCGGGCGGCCAGCCCUGGGGAAGAGGGUCACCCCCUCUCCCCCCUGGGAGGGAUCCCCGUCAUGGCCAAUUCCUUGGAGAUCAAGGUGAAGCUGCUGACCGUCAAAGCUAUGGAGCGGGAAGACUAUUUCGAAGGCGUACCCUUAAAAGCCUCUAGAUUUAACAGUGACCUCGUAGAGUUUGCCUCCACCAGCCAGGCGUUCAGCGAGGCCCCUUCUGCUCAUAAGAAAACACCUGCCGAGAAGGAGCAGGUGCCGGAGGAUCCCACUGAGAACCUGGGGAAAAGGAGGGACAGCUCUGCCCACAAGCAGACGGAUGGGGAUGAGUCCCCAGGGAACCCCGACCCGCAUGCACCUCCCCAGGACGCCGGGCCCAAAGAACCAGGUUAUUCCUUGGCCCCCGAGGGGACACCAGUGGACAAAAAGCCUGAAGUGUAUGAAAAGGCCAAGCGGAAGUCCCCGCGGCGCCGUCGGGGGGAGGAUGAGGGGGAAGCGGGGGAUCCCCCGGGGCUGGGGCUAGAGUGGCCUUCCACCCUGGCAAGCAGCAGCACCAGCCUGGAGACCCUCCACAGUGCCAGCGAGGAAGGCCUGGAUUUCAAGCCGUCUCCACCGCUGUCCAAGAUUUCUGUCAUCCCCCACGACCUCUUCUACUACCCGCAUUACGAGGUUCCCCUGGCUGCGGUUUUAGAGGCUUAUGCAGAAGGCCCCGAGGAUUUGAAAAGCCAAGAAAUGGACCUCGAGGAACCAGAGGGCUAUCCGCCGGGCCUGGGGGCUCGGGAGGACGAGAACAAGGAUGAGGAGGCCGAGCCCUCCCAGAGCAGCUGCAGCUUCCUGGGGUUGGGUGAGGACCGUCCCCUGGCCAGCAUCGCAGAGGAUGCCAGGCGGGCCUCGGUACCCGCUCCCCCAACCCGGCAAGAGGAUGACCAGCCAAGAGAGCCUGCAGAGAAUGUCCCUGUGCCAGACCAGCAGUCCCAGGAAUUUGCAAACUCGGAAAACUUAGCAAACCCUUUAGAAGAAAAGGUAAAGGAAGAAUCGAUCAGCAGUAAAAAAAAGGAAAAAAGGAAACAUGUGGACCACGUAGAAAGUUCAGUAUUUAUAGCACCCGGAACUGUUCGAUCCUCAGAUGACCUGGAGGAAGACACCAGCGACCACAGAGUCAUUUCCAGGACGAGUCACAGUGACUCCAGCAUUUACAUUCGACGACAUACGAAUAGGUCUUUGGAAUCGGAUCAGGUUAGCUAUGUUCAGUUGAGGAAUGCAGCAGAUCUGGAUGACAGAAGGAACCGAACAUUAACCAGGUACAAUACUCAGAAGCUCACUGAGCUGAUUUUACAGUUUUAUGGCAUCAGCGCAGACAUGAAGAGGGGAUGCAGACAUGCCAGGAUGCCUAUGAAAGCCAACAACUCUGGCGAGGCGGGGCUGCAGGAGGGCCGCGGCCCGCAGAGCGACUCGCUGGCGCAGCUGGUCCAGCAGCCGGACGUGAUGUACUUUCUGCUCUUCCUCUGGCUCCUGGUUUACUGCCUGCUGCUCUUCCCGCAGCUGGACGUCAACAGGCUCUGACGGCGCGGCCGCAUAAUAAACAGGAUAGGACCCUGACGGGCCACGGGCUCCUACUCCCUUCUGUUCCCCCUGCUGGAUGGGGCGCUUCUGCUGACAUCUGCGGACCUCGGGGGGGAAACCUAGCCCCUCUCCCCCCUUUUUUUUCUUGUUUCCGUUCCCUCCUCUAAGUCCUCAGCAUGCUUUUCUCUUGGGCUGUGUGCUCAGCGUCUGGGUGUGUGGCUGGAUCCUCGGGCAGGGUCUGUUCGCAGGCCUGGCUCUGACAGGUCUUGGACUUGGUACUGGUACCGGCCGCAACCGAGUCUUAGCUCGCCCCCCACCCCUGCCGCACGUUCUUAAGGUCCCAGGCGGACUCGCGCUUCUCACCUCCUGAUGAGAAAGAAGACAGUGCCCCAGGCAGAGACCCCACUGGGAAGAAAACUGCCAGUGGAGGGGCUGGGGGUCCAGGCACCUGUUGUGGUCUGGCCGUUGUCAUGUUCUUUGAGUGGAGGGUUGGGUCUGAGCAGCACAAAGCUGCCAGUUCCAGGAAAGUGCUCCCGUGAUGGGCAGAAGCCAAGGAAAGUGAAGGCAGAGUCCAGAGCUGCUCUGCCCUCUUGUUCACCCUGGUUUGGGGGGAAGGGGCGGAGGAGCAUGCAUUUUAAAUUCACUUUUGCAUUGUCUGAAUUGGGAUAAAGAUGUGAUUUUCAGGAAUUCCUGUUGCAGCACAGUAGAAAUGAAUCCCACUAGU